AUGGACGGGCGGGGAGGCGGCGGCAGCGGCGGUAGUAGUAGUGCUGCGGUGAUGAGGGGAGUGGAGACAGCUGCGACCCCUGAUGAGCAGCAGCCUCGGACUGCGGGGAGAAGAGGCACUCGCAGCCCGUGUAGCUCGGCGGGUACUCCGGGCACCGGGAAGGGCAGCCCGAAUGGGGAGUGCAGGCGGGAGCUUUCAGAUGCGCUGCCUCGGGAGCACAAGGUGUCCUUCUCCACCGAGCCUCCGCGCGGGUCCUCACCUGGCAAGGACACCGAAGAUGGCGAGGCCGGGGAAGACGAGCCCCGCUCCAGGUUCAUGCAUCGCCAACUCUCUGCCAUGCUCCAGCCCGGGGUCAACAAGUUCUCGCUCCGGAUGUUCGGCAGCCAGAAGGCGGUGGAGAGGGAGCAGGAGAGGGUGAAAUCCGCGGGGGCCUGGAUCAUACACCCCUACAGUGACUUCAGGUUUUACUGGGACUUCUCAAUGCUACUCUUCAUGGUGGGGAACCUCAUAAUCAUCCCUGUGGGAAUCACUUUCUUCAAAGAAGAGACAACCACACCAUGGAUCGUAUUUAAUGUUGUGUCGGACACCUUCUUUCUUAUGGACCUGGUCCUGAACUUCCGCACAGGUAUUGUGUUUGAGGACAACACUGAAAUCAUCUUGGAUCCACAAAAGAUCAAGCGCAAGUAUUUGCGCACAUGGUUUGUGGUGGACUUUGUAUCCUCCAUUCCUGUGGACUACAUAUUUCUCAUUGUAGAAAAAGGAAUUGACUCUGAAGUCUACAAGACUGCCCGUGCUUUACGAAUUGUGAGGUUUACUAAAAUUCUCAGUCUACUUAGGUUACUUCGACUUUCCAGGCUCAUCCGGUAUAUUCAUCAAUGGGAAGAGAUAUUUCAUAUGACCUACGACCUGGCUAGUGCAGUGAUGCGCAUUAUUAACCUGAUUGCCAUGAUGCUCUUGUUAUGCCACUGGGAUGGAUGUCUUCAGUUCCUUGUCCCGAUGCUUCAGGAAUUCCCCAGUAAUUGUUGGGUGUCCAUUAACAAGAUGGUUAAUGACUCGUGGAGCGAGUUGUACUCCUUCGCCCUUUUCAAGGCCAUGAGCCACAUGCUGUGCAUCGGUUACGGACGCCAGGCUCCAGAAAGCAUGACUGAUAUCUGGCUGACAAUGCUGAGCAUGAUCGUAGGUGCCACAUGCUAUGCCAUGUUUAUCGGACAUGCCACUGCUCUUAUCCAGUCACUGGACUCAUCUCGCAGACAGUAUCAAGAAAAGUACAAGCAAGUAGAACAGUACAUGUCCUUCCAUAAACUGCCUGCAGAUUUUCGCCAAAGGCUUCAUGAUUAUUACGAGCAUCGAUAUCAAGGAAAGAUGUUUGAUGAAGACAGUAUUCUGGAGGAGCUGAACGAACCUUUGAGGGAGGAGAUCGUCAAUUUUAAUUGUAGGAAGCUGGUCGCAUCUAUGCCUCUGUUUGCCAAUGCAGACCCCUGCUUUGUCACUGCAAUGCUUACCAAGCUGAAAUUUGAGGUCUUUCAACCUACCGACUACAUCAUUCGUGAGGGAACCAUUGGCAAGAAGAUGUACUUCAUCCAACAUGGUGUGGUUAGCGUGCUUACCAAAGGCAAUAAGGAGGUCAAGCUCUCGGACGGCUCUUACUUUGGAGAAAUUUGCUUGCUGACGCGAGGACGGCGCACAGCUAGUGUCCGAGCAGACACAUAUUGCCGUUUAUAUUCUCUUUCCGUGGAUCAUUUCAAUGAGGUUCUGGAAGAAUAUCCCAUGAUGAGGCGUGCAUUUGAGACUGUCGCCAUAGACAGACUGGACAGAAUAGGGAAGAAGAAUUCCAUAUUAAUGCACAAGGUUCAGCAUGACUUGAACUCGGGUGUUUUUAACAACCAGGAAAAUGAAAUUAUCCAAGAGAUUGUAAAGUAUGAUCGUGAGAUGGUGCAUCAGGCUGAGCUCAACCAGCUGAGUGGAGGGAUGUAUGCCACAUGCAAUCCUCCUUCUCCACAACCCCAAGUCACAUCUGCUAUUGCAACUUUACAGCAAGCCGUGGCGAUGAGCUUUUGUCCUCCAAUGGCUAGCCCAUUAGUGGGGUCUCCCCGAAUCAUGAGACGGCUCCAAUAUGCCCAAGGAGGGCCUGGAGCCUUUUCUGUAUCCCCAGCUCUUUUCCAACCACCCCUGCAGCUCUUACAGCAUCAUCCACCUCCCCACCAAGGUCCACGGCGACAGUCUGCUGUCGUGCCCAGUCCUCCAAACCAAUCACCAAGAGUGUCUCAGAACUUUGCCUACCCAGCCAAACAUCAAACAGGCUCACAACUUUCUCUCACCCAUUCUGGGGCUUCUGCCUCUCCCCAUCGGCUCUCUGUACACAAGAGCACACACUCUCUGCAUUCUGCUACACUAACACGUGAGUCUCGUCCACUUUCUGCUUCACAGCCCUCACUGCCUCAAGGAGCAUCCCCGCUCCGCAGUCCACCAGCUCCCUCUCAAGUAACCGGCAGCUUAACCUCCUCUACAGCCAAGGGGGGCUUAGGCCCACAGGCAGGCCCAAGGGUGCCUGCCCCUGCAAGACUUGCCCUCUCCCACCAGUUGUCCUCUUCUGGUACAGUUGGUGGUGUCUUGGACUCUGCAGUGGGAUCAUCAUUAGGAGGCAGGAAAGAUUCUGUGGUUAGUGCCCCAGAUACCGAUCCAGUAAGAGGGAGACUGUCUGCAAAUUUGUGACAGAGUGAGAACACCUAACCUCAUCUGUUCUGGGUGGUACAUAAUUGAGAAAGUAAAAUGUGCACUUGUAGUCAGUCACUCCUUGUCUUUUGCUAAUUUCCUAAUAUUUUCAUAGCAUCAUGAUGAAUAGUGGAGGUAUUAAUGUGUGAAAAUGUCAGGGGAAUUAGUAGUCAGUUCAGUAAAUACCACCUCUGACAGCAGUCGACCACAUAACUCCUCUGCUGUUUACAGGAGUAGGAAAAUGUGGCACUGUUCCAUGUCAGAGAUCUGUGGAGAGCUCUGCCUGAAGUGCGUAGAUCUUCAAUUAAAUGGGACAGAGGCAGCCGGCCUGCCAUUAGUGAAGAGGCUGUUGGAUGCUAAUGAGUGUUGGUUAACAAGAAUCUGCAAAUCCAAAACUGUGAUUAUUGCCUGCUUGAUAGAUCCUCACUCGGAGAACAAAAAUUUAAAAGCUACAAGUUUGUUACUUAAGUCCAAAACAUACCAAGCCAGUAGUUCUGUGCAGGCUGCGGGCAGUUUGUGUCAGCUCUAGUCCUCCUGGGCUACCUUUAUCCAGUGACAGAGUCACAUAUGGGUAUCAUGUGAAGCACCUAUAUUUAUAUGAUCGUUCAUAAGCAAUUUAAUUUAUAAUCAUUUUUAUUUAAAGGGGAGGCACAUGAUCUCACACGUAUGAACGCUAGUUCAGCACAGUUAGUGCUGCUUUCUCCCUGGAAUGAGUUAAACCACCAAAAUGUUAUUAAGACUAGGAGACAGAUGUGGUACUAAUAAGUGUAUGCAUUGCAGCAAUUGUGCAGGGGGCUAUUGUGGUAUUAGAUGUAUCCUUACAGCAAUAAUGCAACCACUGUCUACAGCUGAAUGCCAAUCUAUACUGUCUAACCCUUCCAAUGGUUAACCAGUACGACUGAUGAGGCUGCUGUGUCAACGCUUGAUUUAAUAUAAAAAAAUAAAUACAAGAAAUAUAUAUAUGAAAAAGAAAAACACUGGUAGCCAGACACGCAUGCUCUGAAAUUGCAGCUGCUAGUUUACAACCUUCUCCUGGUUUAUCUGUGGUGCCAAGCAGCCCUUCACCUCUACUGGGCACUCCAAUGAUCACGGAUCUGCCAGAUCCCUCGCACCAAAGGACCUGUAUGUGUUUUGUCAACUAUGUAAAGCUUUUUUUUCCCCUUUUUUGGUUUGAUUCAUUUCGUUUCUAUAUCUCACUGCUGUUUGUCGAUUUCAUGGAUUGUAUUUUAGAAAGCCAUAUUAUGUAUAUCACAGCUGUAUAUUAAGAUAUAUAUACCUGUAUAAUCUGUACACUAAACAUCCUGUUAUAAAGCAGGAGAGGGGUUGAGUGUCUCUUAUAGCCGUAGAUUCGUAGAAGCUACACAUCAGGACCUUUCACGCGUCGUGAAGGAGGAAUGUUGUGGCAGAGCACAUUUAGGACUUCUUCACAUUUUGUGAUUUAUCAGUGGUUUGGUGCCUUAGGGUGAAACAAGAAUUUCUCUGUUCCCAUCAUAGACCAACAUGCUUCCAUUUGAAAGCUGGUCAGUGAUGGACUACGGUUCCAAUCUCUUUGGCCUGUUUCCAGAAUGGAAAAGUAGUGUGAUUGAUUAAACUACUAUAGCAGGAUAUUUCUAACGGCAGUCAGUACCUGGCCAGACAAAUUGGGAGUCCUAAUCAGCUUUAGGUUGGUUUCAUAUUAUUAGGGGCAUUUAUCAUUGUCUUUACAGCACUCUUGUGGCAUUAAUAAGUCGCAGAUUAUGGUGCUCGCCAUGAUUUUUGACUUUUUUUUUAACAUCUGGCCAGCAUCUGAACCUAUCACAGCACUCCGGAUUUACUAGAACAGAAACUGACUGGCAUAGAAGUCUUGAUAAAUCUCCACAUAUGUCUUUUUUUUUUUUUUUGCAAAAACACAGCAGGGAAAGGUUAUUAAGACCAGCAUUAUGUUCGUGGGUGUUAAUUUGCCCUGCAUUGGAGUGACAUACCAACUUUAUUAAUACAUUUGUCACA